CCUGAAGCUAUCCAGCCUCUCUGCUCUGGUGCUCUCUCCCUCUCUCUCCCUCUCUCUCUCUCGCUCACUCUCAGUUUCUUGCAAUAGAGAGCAGCAGUUCCCAGGCAGUGUGAGCUGUGUUUGCAUGCUGCUAGUUUAUGCAGGGAAGAACCUACAUCCCAUGUGCUCUGUAUGGAUGUUGAUGCUACCCCGUGCAGCUUGAUCCUCUGGAAGCAGGCAAGAAGAUGUCCAGCACUCCACAUGACCCCUUCUAUUCCUCUCCUUUUGGUCCUUUUUAUAGGAGACACGCUCCUUACAUGGUGCAACCAGAGUAUCGUAUAUAUGAGAUGAAUAAGAGGCUGCAGACUCGAACAGAGGAUAGUGACAAUCUUUGGUGGGAUGCUUUUGCUACAGAAUUUUUUGAAGAUGAUGCUACGUUGACACUGUCGUUCUGCUUAGAAGAUGGGCCAAAGAGAUACACAAUUGGAAGGACUCUUAUUCCUCGAUACUUUAGCACAGUGUUCGAAGGCGGUGUUACGGAUCUCUAUUACAUUCUCAAGCACUCCAAAGAAUCAUACCACAACUCAUCCAUCACGGUGGACUGUGAUCAAUGCACUAUGGUUACUCAGCAUGGGAAACCCAUGUUCACAAAGGUGUGUACCGAAGGCCGGCUCAUCUUGGAGUUUACGUUCGAUGAUCUCAUGAGAAUUAAAACAUGGCACUUUACCAUUAGACAAUACAGAGAGUUACUACCCCGCAGCAUUUUAGCCAUGCAUGCACAAGAUCCUCAGGUGCUGGAACAACUUUCCAAAAAUAUCACUCGUAUGGGCCUAACCAACUUCACUCUCAACUACCUCAGGUUGUGUGUAAUAUUAGAGCCAAUGCAGGAAUUAAUGUCAAGACAUAAAACCUAUAACCUAAGCCCACGGGACUGCCUAAAGACUUGCUUAUUUCAGAAAUGGCAGAGGAUGGUAGCACCACCAGCAGAGCCCACACGACAGACCACCACCAAAAGGAGGAAAAGGAAAAAUUCCACAAACAACGCAUCCAACAGCAACGCUGGGAGCAAUGCAACCAGUGCAUACAACAGGAAAAAAGUACCUGCUGCCAGCCUUAACCUGUCUAACCAAGUCCCUGAUGUGAUGGUGGUAGGAGAACCAACUUUGAUGGGAGGAGAAUUUGGAGACGAGGAUGAAAGGCUUAUCACUAGACUAGAAAACACACAGUACGAUGCAGCUAAUGGUAUGGAUGAUGAGGAAGACUUCAACAGCUCACCUGCUUUGGGAAACAAUAGCCCUUGGAACAGCAAACCUCCACCAAACGCAGAGACCAAAUCUGACAACCCAACCCAACAAGCUUCCCAAUAAGUGAAGAAAUGACGGUUCCACAGAACAGCGAGUCUCGAUUAUAAUUCAUUGCAUCGAAUGCUUUCGUUUUAUUGGUAUGAAUAUACUGAAGAGUAUAGUUAUAGCAAGGAAGACAUUUUUACAGUAUAUCUUUUUCUUACCAGCCUUUGGUUAAGUAUUUUUAAUUGAUUGUUGUGAAAUGACUGGAAUUUCCUUAAACGGUUUCAUUAUGUUUCUUUGCUGCUUGUGAUACAUUAUUGAAGAAACCAUAAAAUAUGCAAUAUGUAUUCAUUUGCCAUCUCAUCGAGGUAAGGUGGCCAGAAAAUAAAGCAUAUCAUGCAGUCAAGUUUGUGGAUGUGAACUGACCUCUUGCGUAGGUUUUGGGGGAUGUCUUUCUUUCAUCGAACAAAAAUAAAAUGUAAUGUUAAUAUUAUUUAAUAAUGAUAUUAAUUGUAUUAAGUAUAAUCUCGCUGACUUUAGACCUCAAUUAUUUUGCAAACAAGAAAGAAUACAAUUUUUAAAAUAAGUCUGAACCUAUAGACGUUGCAUAAAAUGAAUCUAGAUUUUUUACUCCCAAACUAUUUUUAUAUUGCAUUUACAACAAUACAGGUAAAAAGAAAUAAAAAUGAAAUAAAAUUGACAUUUUCACCAUUUUCUGACUUGGAAUUAAAAGAACAACUUUCAUCUAAUUCAUGCAUUAAAAGCUCCAUGAAAUAAUCAAAGAUCAUAGAAUUCUACCCGCUAAAUACAGAGUGAAAAUAAUGGGCAGAUUUAUCAAAGGUCGAAUUUAGAAUUUAUGUGAAUUUUUAUUACGCUAAUAAAAUAGAAUAUACUCAGAACUUGAAUGGGAGGUUAUUUAAGAAAAAACUCAAACGUCUAAAAGUAAGUCAAAUAUUACCAACCGAAAAACUCAAAUUGAAUUCCAAUCGAAUUCAACUUAACAUGAAUCGAGUUUUUUCUCUGAAGAAAACUUGAAUG